AUGUGGCUGCGACCUCGUGAGAGUGACGGCGCUGAUUCUAUCACCAACUAUGUGAAUCCAGAGAAAGAGUUGAACGCGGGACUGUGGUCUCUGUGGGCGGGCGCGACUUUAUUUCUAGGCCUGAGGCUUUAUUGCAAGAUCACUCGUCGCCAUGGCCUAUGGUACGACGACUAUAUUCUUAUACUCGCAUGGAGUAUGCUAUUGCUUACCGAUGCGAUGAUCUCUCACCAAUACGCGACCGGCUACGUACCAGUAAAUGGAUCAAAGUGGGACGAUCGCAUGCACAUUCUCAUCAACAUAUCUUCGUGUACCAACGUCCUCGGCCAAGCUUGGAGCAAGACCGCGUUCGGUGUCACCCUUCUCAAACUCACCAACAAAUAUCAGCAAUGGAUCAUCUGGUUCUGCAUCGUUACGAUGAAUGUAUGGAUGGCGGUAAAAGUAAUCUUCCAAUGGGCGAAGCUGUGCGACGAGAAGAGCUACGACGUCUGGUACAGACUGGACUUCUGCCUCGACAAGACCUUCCGCGAUGACUUCAAAGAAGCUGGCAACAUUUACAACAUCGUAAUGGACUUCGUUUUUGCAUUCUUUCCCUGGUGGAUAACUUGGAAGUUGGACAUGAGAAAGAACGAGAAAAUCGGUCUUUGUAUCACGAUGAGCCUGGGAGUGGUUGUCGCGGUAGUCGCAGCUAUUCGCGUGGCCUGGAAAGAUGAAGGCAACAAGCGUGAUCCGUACUAUUAUCAACGUAACGGCAUUUCAAACGUCUGGUACUCCUCUGAAGUCGCCGGAACCAUCCUCGUGCAGUGCAUACCCGUCCUACGCCCCUUCCUCCGAGAAGUGCACGCCUCUCUCACCUCUAAGCGCCUUCCUUCUGAGGGUACCACCAGCCGUCGCAGCUGGGCCUGGACUGUGAGCAAGAAGCGCGACAGCACCACUCCCGGCACCCCAAUCAUGGACCUGAAAGCCCUGGAAGGCACCAGCGGGAUGAACGGAUUGAACUUUGGCUUCAACGAGACCAAGAUCUCCAGCAACAACGGGCUUGAGCUGGAAACAAUCCGCGAGCUGGACGAUGAAGAAAAAGCAGGGGGUAUUACUAGGGGCAGGAGCUUUAGGACCGUCAGUUCUAAGCGGUCGGAGCAUUUAUUUUGA